AUGGACGUUUUCAGCGGUGUAUGCUUGAGAUCAUCGCUCUGCAGGGCAUAUCGCAAGCCGUUGAACGCGGUUGCUGCUCGGAGAGUUCACAGCAGCAUAAACAGCAGCCAUGUCGAGGGCUCGCCAGAGCCUGAUAUGCGACAUGUGCAAAUCAAUCCCGAGGCCGGGACAGUCGAGACGCCUGUUGGCUCCCUACCGAUUUCUCCGUUCAUGGACCCAUUGUUCUAUGAAGCCAGGCAGAGGUUCACCAAGAGCAAACCUUCACAUUCCCCCUUCAAGAGCACCAAGUUCCAACGCAAACUGGCCAGGAAUCCUUACGCCCGGGCUCUGGCAACACCGCCUCGAAAUUGUCCAAUCUCGUCUGUGGUGCUUCCCAAUUUCUUCUUGCAAAGAUUUAACCUUGUUGCACACCCGCACACCCAGCGGCCUUGGUUUGUGCCCCAAGAUCUCGAACCAAAGGCGCCGAAAGCUAUCCCCACGGCCACUGAGGAGACCCGCGACGGGGGAUCUCCUGACUCAAGCGCUACCGGGCCUGUUAAGGAACAGCGGCAGGGCAUCAGGACCGGCCCUUCAGGAUACACCCUUUCGAGCCAGCUGUUGCUGCAGGAAAUACAACGCCGGUUCUCACCAUACUUCAAUGGCCACACAAAACUCAUGCGCAUGAGCGAUCAUGGGAAUGCACAAAUCUCGACGGUCCUGAACCAAGCGGCCUGGCGCGACGACAUGGACUCGUUUCUGUUGGACGUGAUGAGGAGGCGCGUCGUGGAGUCGCUGCUUCACUUUGCCGGCCUAUCCGAGCAACCGGACCGGAACAAAUACCUGGUCAAAUGCGAGCGCUGGGACGAUGCUAAAGACCACAAGCACAGGGGAUGUCUUUUGUUUCUGCCCAAGGACGAGGCCCUCUCGGGUUCGGAGACGGAACUGGUUCCCCCAAGACUGUCGACCAUGACUAUUGAGGGCGUCAAAUAUGGUAGGAAACUUGCGGUUCACAACCUGCUUGUGUUGCUAGGCGAAGAUCAUAUGGGCCAGCUCAGGCGGGGAUCGGCGCUUCUACGGGAUGGCUCGCUCUUUCUGCUGGGCAGGCAGGCGACGGUCAAGCUACAGAUGCUGUUAUGGAAACUCCAAGGGUACAUGGCAUGGGAAACUCCCGAGGAUGCGAAAUCUACCACUAUCGACGAGAAACCGAGGAGGCAGCCAGCCUAA